UUUCACAUUGAAUAGAUGGCGCUGUAAUCGAUCUAUGUACGCAGAAACAUUUUGAUGAGAGAUAUACACGACUCAAAAAAUCAUAAGUCGUCAAAAAGAUGUUUAAAUUAGUGACAGUUGCUUUAUUUACAUUAGUUCAAGUUACUGUUUACUGCAGACCAAGAGCUAAAAGCCUUGAUGUCGUUGAACAAUCCAUUUCAUCUGUAAAAGUCGAUGCUGAAAAAUUGCUCCCUCCUGACCACGUCGAUGCCUUAAAGUUUGAGAAAGAUGGCCACAUAAAUAAAGAUUAUCGCAAAGAAAUAUUCCUCGGCAACCACGAAGAAAUGGAUGACGAUCCAAUAGAAAUAGCAGAGGCAAAACUAGUGGACAUUUUUCACAAGAUAGAUGUAGAUGCUGAUGGGUAUUUAAGUGACAGUGAACUGGAGCAAUGGAUCCUGGACAGAAUUAACGCCCACAUGGAUGAAGCAGUGGAGGAGAAUGAUGCUGUCUUUAAACAUUUGGACCCUGAUGGAGAUGGCUUUGUAGAAUGGAAGGAAUAUUACAAACAUUUCUUACUGGCAAAGGGACAUGGGGUCAAAGAAACUGAAAAAUACCUAGAAGACUAUGAUACUGAUAUACUAAAAGAGGAUGAACGAGAUCAGCUUGUACGAUACAAAUUUAAAUGGACAGAUGCUGACAUUGAUCCCAUUGAUAAUAAACUGGACAAAAAGGAAUUUUUCAGCUUCCGUCACCCAGAACAAAGCCCUCAAUUGGUGGAAAACAUGAUCAUGUCAAUAAUUAAUUCCUUAGAUGAGGAUAAAGAUGGUAAUCUGACACUGAAGGAGUUUAUGACAAACCCUGAUGAAAUGAUGCAGGAAGAGGGGUCAGAGAAAGAGAGGGAGGAGGAGAGAGAGGUCCGAAAGAGGGAAUUUGUAUCAGCCAUCGAUAAAAAUAAAGAUGGAAUAGCCACAAAACAGGAAUUAAUUGAUUAUAUGAAUCCCAGAAAUCCACAACAAUCCAAACAAGAAGCCAACAACCUAGUCUCCUUAAUGGAUGAUGAUAAAGAUGGAAAACUGUCCCUAAAAGAAAUCAAGAACCAUAAAGAUGUGUUUAUAAGUAGUAAAAUUGUUAAUGUGAAAAGGGUGCUACAUGAUGAAUUUUAAUCUGUUUUAGAAUGAUAUAUUUUUGUUUACUUCUGGAGAUAAAGAUCUGCCUGUGAUACACGUAAAGAAAAACGUGUUUGUUGUAUGGAUCAUGGUGAUUUGUCUGUUACCGAUACUUGUUUGAACAAAUGAUUUUGUACAGUAGGUAUGUACAUGCAUAAUAAGUUUCUAUGGGCUAGGAAUGUCUUUGAUAAUCAUGCAAAAAACUUGUGCUUUUCAUUUAAGAAUCCAAAGAAUGAUUUUUCCAGAUGUUUUUAUGUUUGGAAAUUUUUAUAGAAAUAAUGAAUAGAUUAUGAUUGUUACAAUGCAAUGUGCCAUGAUGAAAACAAAAAAUUAUGUGACAAAUGCGUUCACUUAAUGUAUCCAGGUUUUUUUUCCUUCAAUUAUGUUAUUAUUAACUUUAUAGGUUAAAAAUGUAAAUUAAUAUAAUACAAGCUUUGUCAGAAUGUUUUCUGGCUUUUAGGGGUAUUAAUUUUCUACUUCCCCACUAGUUUUUUUUUUUUUUACUGUGCACCAUUAAUAAAAUCAAGUUAUCAUGACCAUUCAAAAGGAGAAAAAAAAAACAAGAUUAAAAAUCAAAUUCUUGCUUGUGCACAACUUUAUAUGCUAUGUUUUUGCUUUUUUUUUUAUUGAAGUACAAAGAGCUGAAAGUGAAGAUAAACAUAUCAUUUUUUCUAAAGAUUACAAAAUUAUGAUUAUUUUACACACAUGUAUAUAAUCCACAAUUAAUGACUAGUCAGUAGAAAAAUAGAAAGUGUGCAUUUAUUCAGUAUCAAAAUAUUUACUAUCCAUAUAAUAAAAUAUUUAUUGCUUGAAUUUAUUUGUAAGCAUGAAUGUAUUAGUCUAUUGCCAUCUGUUUAAAAAAAUGUUAAGUUGCCUUCUCCUGAUUGAGAAUAAAAAAUUGGUAAGGUAUGUAAGGGAUUUUUUUUUUGUUAAAAAACACAUGCAAAUAUGAAGUUAAAAUAGUUAAAAAUGGAAUAAGAAAACUUAGAAAUGAAUAAAAAUACAAUUGUUUCCUAUAGGUAAAAAAAUGUUUUGAGUCGGGCCAAUUUUGGUUUAUUUGGAGAGGGAAACCAAAGAUUUUUUUUAAAACUUAAGAUAGCCUUGUAGCAGCUACUAAUUUUGAUUACCGGUAUUUAUUCUGUACAUUCCAAUAUAAUUAUACUAUAUUAGUCCCCUUCCCAUGAUACUUGAGUGAACUCAAAUGUUUCCUCUUGUCUUCUGUCUUUCAGUUGAUCUGUCCUACUUGCAUGGUUUUUCCCCAUUGCUUGCAAAUGGUGAGCUUAUUUUUGGUGUAUGAGCCUUUGUGUUAAUGAGCUACAGAUCAAGUGCCCAUUUUCCUUCUGCUUUGAUCAUCAUAGAAAGAAUGAUCUGUAUUGUUUUUAAAUGUAAAUACCCACAGAAUGCUUGUUUGUACUUGUAUUUAUAAGUUAAUUUAACAAAGAGGUAGAGAAAGAUGUAUUAUCGAUAUUACUGGUACGUGUACAGAAAUUACAGAUUGUUCGGGAUAUACCAGUACAUGUAUUCAUUUAAGGAAUAACUUUCUUAUUUUUCGAUUUCAUGAUGUGAUCAAUCGAUUGGCUUGCGUGAUAAUUUGCAUAAACGCCGAAGGCAUAUUUUAGGUUAAUUUUUUUUAUUAGCUGUACCAAGAAAAAAUAACAGAAGUUUUGAUAUGUGAUGCCUACGUUAAGUUUUGUACUGACUAAUUUCUUGAUGAAAAAUAAUGAAUGCAAGAAAGGAUUAACAAGAUUAGGUUGAAAUACAUAUAGUUACAUAUAUAUACUGGAUUUGAUGCUUGAUGUAGAUCAAUGAUCGUGAAUUGUCACAUGUCCAAAUGUAGGUUGUGACAUCAAAGCUAGUCACUUCUUCAUAUUUAUUGAUUAUUUGUUUGUUUUAUUUCUAAUAAUAUAGGAAAAAUACUCAAUGCUAGACAAAUCCCUUUUUAUUUUUGAAGAUUAAACAAAAAAAAAAUUGUUUGAUAUGAUAUUAAUGAAGUGCAUGAUCCUGUAAUUUAAGUUGGAUAUGAACUGUGCCUGAAAUCAUAAAAUCAACAAUGAUAAUAGCAGUUAUACCACUUAAUGCCACACAGAUUUCUAACUUGUACAAAAUUGGAACACAGCCCUUUAUCAAUUUUUCAUUCACAUCUCUGAUGUUUAUCUUGAAUUUUAUGAAAAUUUGCUUAAUGAACAUUCAUUCGUUGAUUUUAAUUCAUUGGAAUUGUUUUUUGGAAAUUUUAAAUGAAUACAAGAUUAGUGAUUAGUAUGUGUGAGUUUAAUAGAUGUGUAUUGUUAUCCCUUCACAGUCACUGAAAUCAAAUCCCCUGUACCCAUAUUUUAACUUUUUAUAUUCUUUGUUAGACUGUUAAAAGUUUAUUUCAUUUUUUCAACAGAAAUCCAUUAGCUUAUAAUCUUUAUAAGAUUGUGAUUAAAUAAACCAUUCUAUUGGU